AUGACAGGUGACAGAGCAUUAGGGGUAUUCUACAGACGAAGGUCUCGGUUUUUAGACUCUGACGAGAGCUCUGAAAGUAAAAGCCCAACGCCAUUACAGCAAAGGUCCUCUGUUAGUCCUAUAGCUGGUCAUCCUCUGAGCCCUCAACCUGUAAGUUCAAAGUCGUCAUCAUCUCCUCCUUCUUCGCCCACACUUCCUUCAUCUCAAAAGGCAGAACUCACCUCGAUUCAGAGUGAGACAAAGUCUAAAAAUAGCCCUUCCAUUACAACCACUAGAACUAGAGAAAUCACUCAAGAGCAUAACCAUGUUCCCGCUCCCGUGCCAGAUUCUCCACCACAUCAAGAAUCUGUUCCUAAGCCAAUGAGGUCUCCAGAAAAUGGGAGACAUAAAGAACCUGACCCCACCCCUAAUCAUGUUCAACCAGUAACCCCUCCCCUCCCAUACAAACUGAUGUCUCCCCUCAAAAUCGCCCAAGAGUUGGUACUACAAGUAACAUAG